AUGAUAUUCACAGAAAAAACUUUACCUUCGCUUAAAGAAAUUAACGAUUGGGAUUCACCUUUUUGGAUAUUUGAAAGUUUAAGUAAAAGAUACAUCAACGGAAUGUUUUAUAAUGUUCUAAAAAUGGUAAACAAAGAUCAAAAAGCUCCAGAAGCACUUCUUUUGGUUAUUAAAAAACUUUUGAAGCAAAAAAAGAAAAAGCUUAUUGUAGCUCUUGAUGAAGUUCAAGAACUUAUCGACCAAUUUCAAAAUAAAUUCAAAUCUACGACUUCUAAAAAUAUGAAUUGCCUAUUAUAUUCUGUUAUAAUUAGAGUAUUUUCGAUAGAAGAUUUAUGUGUCAUCCUAUUAGGAACUGGUUUGAUAAUGAAAUUAGCUCUUGAUCAUACUGGUUUGCACAUCAUAAAGGAGGAAUCUGGAAUGAAGAAGUUGCAUAAAAAUAUUUUAAAAUGGCUUAUUGGAAGAGCCAGGUUUUCAACAUCAUUUGUGGAAGAAUGGCUUUGCAAUACAUCUAAUUUAAAUUUAUUAUUUGAAACCUUUAAAAAAUAA